GCCACCAGCGGCAGCAGCCCAGGCUACGCCCUCCCGACCGAUGCUGUUCACAUAGGGAGCGCCCGCAUGACCGAGGAGAACACAGCUCCUAAGACGUUCCAGGAGUACCAGCAGCAGAAGCGGCAGCGAGAGUGGAAUGAACGGGUCCAGAAGCAGAAGGAGUCCAUGGGAAACGCCGAGCGCGUCGAGCGCGCCCGGGACUGGAAGCAGAGGGGCAACGAGAAGUUCAAGGCGGGGAACCUGAUGGAGGCGCUGGAUUACUACAGCGAGGCGGUGGUGUUCAUGGAGGACAUGGUGGAGGCGCGCCGCAAGGAGAGGAACGAGCUACUGGUCCCGCUCUACUCCAACUUGGCGCAGGUGCACCUGCGGCUCGACGACGGCCGCGCGGCAGAGGAGGCCGCCGGGAAGGCGCUCGCGAUCUGCGAGGUGGCCAAAAACGGCUUCGGGCCCGCGGCGACGGCCAAGGCGCAGUACCGCCGCGGCGUCGCCAGGCAGGCGCUCGGUCGCCUCGAGGAGGCUCGCGAUGACCUGGCGGCGUCGCUGCGCCUGCAGCCCUCGCCGGAGGCGGAGCGGCAGCUCGGCGAGGUGCGCUCGGCGAUCGCCGCGCGGGCCAGGGAGGAGCGCGAGCGGAUGGGGGGCUUCCUGAACAGGCAGGCGGGCGAGCGCCAGGCGCGCGAGAGGCAGGCGGAGGAGCGGCGGCGAGAGCGCAAGGCGCGGGCGGAGCAGCGGCAGCAGAUGCAGACGGCCUUUGCGAGGCUCUCCGAGGGCGAGAUGCUGUACGAGCAGCGCGAGAGGGAGAUGGAGCCAGUGCGGGAGAAGGAGAAGGAGCAGAGGAAGACGCUCGAGCUGGAGCAGAACCUGCUGAACAUCAUCGACGGGGGGAAGGGGAAGCAGAAGACCGAGGACUUCGACGAGUUCAUGCAGAAGAAGCUGGAGCGCUGCCAGGAGCAGAACUCCGAGCUGGACCAGAAGAAGAAGGUGCUGGACAAGCAGAGGAAGGAGGGGCAGUGGGGCGAGGACGACGCCUGGAGGGCCCAGCGCGACCGCCACCGCGAGCAGCUGGAGGAGCGGCGGCGGCGCGCCGGCGGCGAGGCGGGGCCGCGGUCGCUGUGGGAGUCGAGGGAGGUGUGCCGCUGGUGCGAGCAGAGGCUGCGGGACCUGCUGGUCGGGUGCAGCGCGGAGGGUCAGGAGCUCGACGAGGGCUUGGCGGCUGGCGUGCUGCAGCAGUCCAGGGCCAGCUCGCGGGGCUACGUGCUGAGGGCCCUCGUCGUGGACGCGCUGAAGCUGGAGGGCGACGCCGCGGUCAUGAGGCUAAACCUGUCGAAGGCGCCGCUCUACUACUUCGACUACUUCCUGAAGCUGGAGUGGGAGGUGGCCGUUGCCAGGCCUGGGGAUAAGCUGUACCGCACGGCUGACGAGCUCAUCACCUCCGCGGCGCACUCCGACGACCAGGGCGCCACGGCUCCGCGGUCCGUGGUGGAGCACCGGGCCCUGGGCGGCACCUUCAAGAUAAGGGAGUUCUGUUCCGAGGAGGAGCCGGCGGAUGGGCGCUGGCAGCUCGCAACCAAGACAAAGGUGUCGUGCCCGUACGGCCCUGAGCUGGCGGAGCUGUCGGAGGUUGUGAGGGACGCGCUCCGCGAGAGCGUGGUCAGCGCCCUUGGCCGGUGGGUUUCGGAGUACCGGGAGCAUUGGAGAUGCUGA